AUGGUUUCGAAAUCUCAAAGUAAGGAUUCUCAGGCAUCCAAAGGUCAAGGCAAAGACAUUGCAGUUUCAAAGGCACAAUCUCUUCCAAGCAAUCCCCCAAAGAAGAUGAGAUUUACUUCAUCUUCCGAGAAAGACCCAAGCUCUGCGACAUUUGACGAAGUGACGAAAUCUACUCGCAGUACAAUGAGCCGUGUUGUGAAAAGGAAAAUCCAGAAGAUUAAGCAUGUGGUUGAGUACAAUAAAAGUGGCAAACCACAUGGCAAGGCUGCUAUUGAGAUGUAG